UCAGCAGCACGAGCUCCACUGGACUGGCUGUGCCCCCAGCUGAUAUCCUACAAAAGAAGCUCUACAAAAAGCCGCAGCAGCAAUGCAUCGGCGUCCCUCUGGAUGCAAUGCUGCCAGGCUGGCUUGUUUUCCUUUUCCUGUUUCUUUUUCUCUCCCUUGACAUUUUCCCACUCUUUAGCUCUUUUUUUUUUUUUCCAACCCCUGAAUUUCAGCAUUUUCCGCACAAUGCCGCUGUUUACAGGCAAAAAGGGCAAGCUGCAGCAGACCAUCAACGAUGCGGCUGACGACCCUGGGGAGUACAACAACGUCUACAGCAUGUUUGCCCGGCAGCCCGAUAGUGCAGCCAUAUCCUUCAACCACGUCAUGAGCAGCGUGUCGGACAAGGACAGCGGAGGGCUGCUGUCGCGGAUAGGCGGCGGGCGCAAGAAGAGAGGGGUGGACAGCGACGAUGUUGAGCGGCUGAUUGACUUGCUGGCGGUGCUCCAGGGAAUAGUGAUGACAUACCCUCGGCACAUGCUGCCGAUAUUCAAGGACCGCAGCAAAACCACGGUGAUUUUGCGGACGAUUUGCAGCACCAGCGUCCCACUGGCGGUGCGUGAAGCUCUGCUAUGCAUGGUGUCGAACUGGUGCGUGCUGUACUUUGAGAGCCCCAGCGCCAAGGCGAACCUGGAGGCCGUCGUGGACAGGGUGCGUGAGAGAGUGCAGAUGCAGCCAAAGCAGAAUGCGCUGCCGCGGCCUGCGGUAACCCACGAGCAGGAAGGGUGGACGUACCCGCAGGUCCGUACUCCAUCAGAGGCCAAUUUCCCGCCGGAUGUCCUGGCCAGGGCGCUGGAGAAUCCGGGACCCCUGGUCGAGCAGCAGCAGCGCGAGGCUAUCGAGGAGGCACUGCCCGAAGACAAGUCGCAGCUGCAAGAGCGCAUUGUGCUCACCGACACCCUGAUCAAGCACAUGGAGGGCUCGGCGCAGGAGCUCCAGUCGCUGUGCAGCAUGUUGACUGAGAACCUGGUGGCACUGAAUGUCGAGGAGGACCCGCGCAGCAAUGCAAUCGUCAGCGAGCUGAUGAAGGAUGUUGAUGAGCGGUCGGCAACCAUCAAUAACUACAUGGGCAUGCUUGGCGACGAAGAUAAAGCAGAAAUACUGGCAAAGCUGAGUGCGUCGAUUGACGAGGCUUCCCGUGUGCACUGGCUGGUAGAUAGCUCGGUGGCCGCGCACAAGGAGUGGCGGGCCGCGCAGGAGAGCAGCAGGUCGCCACGGAUGGAUCUGGGCGACAUUACCGGCGAGGGGUCAUCGGCCAGUUUUGCUGACGAGGUUAUGUCACGCUUCGCACAAACUACCAUUGAUGAUGAGCAUAGCCCGGCUGUGGGCUCUGCUUCUGACGUGUUGCGUGAGCAGGAGUCAAGCAAGGCACACGGAAAGAUGGCACUGUGAGCGGGUUUCUCAUGGCGUGAUAUACUCUUUUGUUUUGAGGUUUUAUUAAUAUUGACACUGGUAGCGACGAUAUUGAG